GGACAGAGGGAGUGAGAGAGAGAGAGAGAGAGAGGACAAAGGAGAGGAUCGCAACAGAAGAGAAUCACUUUCAUCGGUGCCUUUUUUUUCUGUCUGAGACUUUCUGGACGGCCUUUCACGAACCAAAAUCGUGAGCACUGACUGUUCAGCUCCACAGUCACCGGAGCCACAGACACCGGAGUCACAGUCACAGACACCGGAGCCACAGCGGAUAUGAGGCAAACGGUGAAUUGUCUUCUGCGUUUCUCUGUUAUUGUCACUCAGUGUUACCAAUAGAGAGAGAGAGAGAGACGUACAAAAGGACAGUGAGAAUAAUUCAACAACAACAACAACAACCGCUCCGCCAUCCAUGUUCCCGGUCGGGGGCUGAGCUCCAGUUGAAAGAUGGACGUGAGGUUUUACCCCUGUGCCCCCUGUGCCCCCUGUACCCCCUCCUGUGCCCCCUGUGCCCCCGCGGCGGUGGGGGAUCUCGGCGCCGCCUCCUGUCUGGAGCAUUACUACUGCAAUAAGUUUGAAGGGGACAACAUGUAUAUGAGUCUCACAGAUGCCAAUCAGGACUAUCUGCCUGCCAACCAGUCCUUUGCUGGCCAGGGACUGGGCGAUGAAGACUAUGAGAUUCCUCCCAUCACGCCACCUAAUCUUGGAGACCCAUCAUUUCUUCAUCUGAUGGACCCCAACACCAGCUACCAUUCCCUGUGCCAUCCCAUGCCCUCCAAUGGCUUCCUGCCUCAGUACUCUUACCCAGGAAUGGACUUUCCGACAAUCAUGCUGAGCCAGGACGGGCAUCUGCUGUCCAGCCACCUCCCUGUGAUGCAUGAAAUGGGUCAACCACAUGGUCACCAAUACGACUCGGGACCUCACCCAUCAAUGGUCAGUCGGUCAGGAAUAAUGCCAUCAAGGCACGCCAUGAGCUACUCACAGCUGAAUGCUCGAGUCCUGAGCAUGGGUAGGAGUGCUCUCACUCAUGGCUCUCCCUCACCUCCAGGAAGCACAUCAGCCACCCCCUCACCCUCCAGCUCAGCACAUGAAGAGGAGCCCGACCCCCUGUCCAAGAUCAGCACAGAGAAGAGGCCAUCGACGGACUUGGGCAAGAAAACAAAGACACAGAAGAAAAAGAAGAAGAAGGACCCUAACGAGCCCCAGAAGCCGGUGUCUGCCUACGCCCUGUUCUUCCGAGACACACAGGCAGCUAUCAAAGGCCAAAACCCCAACGCUACCUUUGGUGACGUUUCCAAAAUUGUUGCUUCAAUGUGGGAUGGUCUUGGAGAGGAGCAGAAGCAGGCAUACAAAAAGAAGACUGAGGCUGCAAAGAAGGAAUACCUGAAGGCUCUCGCUGCGUAUAGAGCCAGCUUAGUAUCCAAGAGCUACAGUGACCAAGUGGACACAAAGGGUGGGCCAACGUCUCAGCAAUCGCACAUGAUGGCACCAAAACAGUCACUGUACUCCAUGCCUCAGGGCUCCUCACCUUAUAUUGGACCAAACUCCUUUCUCCCUCAGACAGAUCUGCAGACGUAUUCUGACCCCUCUCACCACAACCUCUCCAGAAACCUCCCGGCCAAGUCAAUGAUGUCACCGUUGAGUGCCUCUCCACCUCCUCUCCAGAUCAGCCCUCCCAUCCACCAGCAGCUCUCCCUCCACCAGCAGCUCCACCAGCAGAGCUCCAUCCUCAGCCAGCCUAUCCCCAUGCAGAACCAGCCAAUCAUCUCCAGCCAGAUGCCACUGCAGGUCCCAUCUCAGCUUCACUCCCCACCAGGCCAGCAGGGUUAUGCUCACAUGUCAUCAGAGUAUCAAAGCCCGAUUGCCCAAUCGCCUGCUGCCGGCGGCUCCAAUCAUUCCGUGCCAAGCACUGAGUGGGACACUGAAUACUGCAGCAGCGAGUGUGGCCUCAACCACUGCAACCGCUGCAGAAUGAUCCCCAGGGAGAAACCACUCUACCUCACCUGAAUCCAAGACAUCAUUUCCUCUACAAGGACAACACCCAGAAAGUGACCAAACCAUUGGAUGCCCCACACAUUGGCAAUGCUGUGGAAUGUAGCCCAGGCAGCCGUCAAGCACUUAGAAACACAGGCCUGCACCCUGCCUGUCAGAGCACUUACCUUCCCUUAGGAUUCUAACCCUCUGUCUGUUCAACAUAAAAAUAAAAAUGAUAAAAAGGGGCAAUUUAGCUCUUGUUAAAUGAAGGAGAAUAUUCUGCUUGCCACAAGCUUUGCUCUCAACUGCUACCAUAGUGACUGCUUUUGUGGUUGGUUGAUUCAGGACUUUCAGCCUAGUGUUUGUGGUCUUACCUUUAAGGGAUUAUUAUGAUUUCCCCCUUUACUCCCCCACUCCCCACCCUCCCCAACCCUCUCCACCUCACUUCUAAACUGUGCAGAAAGACUGAGUUCACAGCCCACUUUGAUGAUGAAGGGAUCUGUGGAUCUUAUUGAGAAGCCCUUUUGAUUGAUGAUUUCUGAGGACUUGAAAAUUCCAAAUGGUGCAGACGUUUAACACGGUCUAAAUGUGAAGCGUCGAGAAAGCAUAUAUUUGAUUCCUUGUUUUUCAGUAGAUUUACUAAAUGUCCUAGAUGUGAUGAACAAUUACAGAAGCUUGUGUGUGGAAAAUUUAUUCUGUGAUUUUACUUUAUAAAAAAGAAGCUUUUUUUUGUAUCGGGAAUUUUACUGUAGCAAAAUGUCUGAUCGCUUGUUAGAGAAAAGUUAACAUUUGUGUAUAAAAUGCCAAAUGUUUUUUUGUUGUUUUUGUUAAAACACCAGGAAUUAGGACCUUUUAUAGAUGCAUUCUCGUAGCUUUUUAAUAUUAAUUUUCUGCCAUUUGUCCAUUUAUUUAAUUUUUUGAUUGACACUGUUUAGUCUAUUUAAAAAAAAUUAAAGUGCAUCAGACAUUGUUGAUGUUCUUAACAGGAAGGUGAGCUUUAUACAGAUUUUUAAAGUGUGUUUCUGUCACCAGCAGUCAGUCAGCCUUUGAGUUCAUAUGCUUUAUGUUUUGAUUUAUUUUCCCUCCUCCCAUCAGUAAUAAAGUCAUUUUAUAUUCAA